AUGGCCGAGCAGAGAGACGCCUCGCCGCCCCUCGACGACGUCAACGUCGAUGAGGCGCGUCUCGCCGAGAUGGAGGCCGAGAAGAAUGCGCUCGAGAAAGAGGCGACUCCCAAGGCGGAGGGAGAGGCGGACGAGGCCAUGGAUGACGAUGAGGCGCCGGCUGCUGUGGACGCGCGCAGCAUCUAUGUUGGUAACGUGAGUACACCACGAUGGGUCGCCAGCGAGGAAGGUGUAUGGGCGAGGAAGGAGAUUGCAUGA